AUGAACAGAAAUAUAAUAACAAAAAAACAGCGUAUGAACACGAUUGGAAGUGGACUUAUUGAUAUAGAAAGAUUUAGAAAAGGUUCAAAAACUUUCAUAAUUAAGAACUGUGAAAAUUAUAUAGAUUACAAAUUAUUUUUUAACUAUAUUUUACAUGAGUUAAUUUUAAAGUUAAGACAAUCGUGUAUUAAAACGUCGAUCAAAUUUAAUUUACACGUUGACGCUACUUACACACGUCCUAUAACACAUGAUAAACAAGAUGUGGCUUUUAAAACUUCGAAUGUUUUAGCAUGUAAUUCAUCCGAUUUCGCUAGUUUGUUAAACAUAAAGUUUGAUAAAAUAUUAGCUGAAGAAUCUGAAUUUAUUGCUAAAGGUUCAGGAUGGACACUUGUUUCAAUAGAUGGAUUACAGUUGAGAAUCAAUUUAGUAAAUCCAUUAAAAGGAGGUGCAUAUUUAGAUUUACCUAAAUUUAUACGAGAAAAAAAGGCUAUUAUAAACGUUAAAAAUAAAGAUAAAUACUGUUUUAAAUAUUCUAUACUAACCAAAUAUGAUAAGCGUUCUAAUAAAUCACGAUUUAACCAAAAAUAUUUUGAUUUUCUUGAAAAAAAGAAUGGGUUAGAUUUUAAAUGUAUUGAUUUCCCAACACCAAUAAAUCAAAUUAAAAAAUUUGAACGUUUAAAUAAUGUUUCAGUUAAUGUUUAUAGUUUAAAUAAUAAUGGUACUAUUUUCCCUCUAUUUAUAAAUAAUAAAGAAGAAAAAAAUCAUUUUGAUCUAUUUUUUGUCAAUAAUCAUAAAACAUCACAUUAUUGUUACAUUAAAGAUUUUUCAAGAUUUAUUAGAAGUCAGAAAACUAAAAAUUGUUCUAAAUUAAUUAUUUGUAAGAGGUGUUUUACAACUUUUGGAAAUAAACCAUGUAAAAGUAAACUUUGGGGUGAAACAGGAUUAACUGAACAUAAAAAAAUGUGUAGUAAGAAUAAAUUAGGAAGACCGAUAAUGUUUGAAGAAGGAAAAGAAAAUGAUCUUUAUUUGAAAACUGAUGUCACCAUACUAACGGAUGUGUUCGAAAAUUUUAGAGAUUUAUGUUUAUCUACUCUUAGUCUAGAUCCUGCUCAUUAUAUGACUGUUCCAGGAUUUGCUUUCGAUUGUAUGCUUAAAUAUACUAAGGUUAAAUUAGAAAAAUUGACUGAUUAUAACAUGCUUUUAUAUUUUGAAUCCUCCAUCAGAGGGGGUAUCUGUCAAUCAGUUAAAAGAUAUACUAAAGCAAACAUACCAAACAUUAAAGGUUUGAACUAUAAUCCUAAUAAAUCAUUUUCAUGGAUUACAUAUCUUGAUUGUGUAAAUUUAUAUGGAAAAUCGAUGUUAAAUGAGCUACCUUUCAAAGAUUUCGGAUGGGUUGAUGACUUGAACAUAGAUGUUACUAAAAUUCCUGAUGAUUCAAAAGUCGGAUAUAUAUUAGAAGUUGAUAUUGAUUAUCCUGAAUAUUUACAUGAAAAACAUAAUGAUUUCCCGUUUUUACCUUUAAACGAAUGUCCUCCAAAUUCAAAAUCAUGGUGGCGAAGCAUACAAAAAUUUGGUUUAGUCAGUGAUUACAAUGAUAGUUCAUCAAUUAUUGGUACAUGGUUACAUAGUACAUUUGGUUUAAUAUUUUUAGAGCCUGAAGAAGUAUCUGACUGUUUUGUCGAGGAUUUAAUGGCAGAUUGUCCAAUUGAUGAUAAGUUAACACAAUACUGCGAUUAUUUAACUGAACAUUAUAUUUCAGAAGACAGUACUUUUCCUCCUAAGCUUUGGAAUACAAGCGACAAGAAAUUAACCAAUCAAAAAUUAUGA